UUUACUUUAUCCGCUUCUUACGCCUUCCCAGGAUCGUACAAGAUUGUCGUUUGAGAGAUACGGCUUCCGGGUUCUUGCCGCGAAACUUGGCGGCCCCUCUUGAACCAUGUUCUCGUCACCUCUAUAAUUCUCCACACUCCACACUUGCACGGUCCUGCAAACGUUCGUCCUCCCCUCGCUCCGUGUUCCCUUUACUUUCUUCUAUCCUUUCGAAUGCGGUCACAAUGACGCUGAAAUUCUUCGGACGCGAGAUCCGCUACCACAGCCCGUGGGUACAGAACAUCAUCAGUGGAAUUGGCGUUGGAGCAUCAGCUGGCAUUUAUGUUGCGCUCAACCUGCUGGGAGCCGGUGGCGGCAGACCGGAUUCAGCACACGUCGUCCAAGUUGUCAAUGCGACGUUGUGCUCCGUCUGGUUCUUCUCUUCGUCUUUUGGCGGUUCCAUUUUGAACAAGCUGGGCCCAGGAAUCACCAUGUGUCUCGGCGUACAGACGUACGCUAUUUACGUUGGUUCGCUCUGGUACUACGACGAGAUAGGCAAAACGGGAUACCCGUAUGCCGCUGGUCCGAUCAUUGGAAUUGGAGCUGGCAUGGUCUUCAUCACGGCGGGCUACAUUGCAACUGCGUACCCCGAAGAAAAAGACAAGGGCGCGUAUGCGACUAUGUUGAUGAACAUGCAAGGUCUUGGUUCGGUCAUCGGCGGCAUCAUUCCGGUUAUCAUCAACAGGAACAAGAACACUGCAGCUGGCGUGCCUCGGCCGGUUUAUAUUUCGUUUAUCAUCAUUAUGAUUGUCGGCGGUCUCAUCACUUUGCUUCUAAAACGUCCACAGAAGCUUCGACGAGAUGACGGAUCAACAGUAGCUGUACAUCCGGCUCGUGGGGCCUGGGAAGAGCUGAGGUCGAACUUGUUGAUCUUCAGCGAUCCGAUUCUCCUCAUGAUGUUGCCAGCAUUCUUUCCAGCUGAAUGCUUCUUGGUAUACAGCGGGUCUGUUAAUGCCUACCUGAACGGCCUCCGCGCUCGGUCGUUGUUGUCUUUUGUCGCUGUUUGCUUACAGAUCCCUGCUGGGUGGGCGUUACAGUGGAUCCUCGACCGUCCAUACUGGGGGAGACGCAAGCGCGGUCUCAUUGGCUUGACAGUCGUUGCUGUUCCAUUACUCGCCGCUUGGGUGUGGGAAAUGAUUCGUGUGCGCAAUUACGACCGUAAUGUCACCGUCACGGACCCUACCGACUGGGAUGAACCCAGGUUUGGCUGGAUUUUCGUGCUUUUCAUGUUGAACUGGGUCUUUUCACAACUGUGGCACAACAUCGUUUACUACUGGAUCGGUGCUAUCACUAAUUCUCCACAAAAGUUGACCCACUACGUCGGUGUGUUCCGUGGCGUUCUCGGCGCGGGUGAAGCCGUGUGUUUCGGUCUUGAUUCUAUCAAAAUUCCUUUCAUUGCGGAGGCUGGCGGAGUUCUCCUCUUCUACGUUCUCGGCAUAUGCAGUUUUUACUACCUGGGCAUCUAUCAUAUCAAAGACACGAACUACGAUCAUCGUGAGGAGGGCGCUGUUAUUCCAAACCAUGUCUUGGAAGGCAAGGGACUGACGGAAGGUCAAGACGUUGCACAGAUACGGAGGAACUCGGUUUCAGAGGACAGCUCGGAGAAAGAAAAGACCAAGGUCGGUGGGGGUGCCGCGUAAGAAAAGCGGUGACUAUUUAUUAUCUACUAUAGGGAGGUAUCUGAUAUUAGAAC